UUCAAAGCGGCGAGGCGGGAAGCGCUGCGCAGGCGCGUUGGGUUGCUCUCGGAAGUAGCGACCCAGGCGUCUGGGGAGUCCCAAGCGAGGCGUCUUCCUCUCGGGAACUUUGGCAUUUUGCAUCCCAGUUGGUGAUGGAGGCGUCUUUGGGGAUUCAGACGGAGGAACCAAUGGUUUUUUCUCCCCCGCGUGACCGGUUUCGGACUGAUGACUCUUUAAAAAAACAUGAGCAGAAUUUUAAACUUGCAGGCGUUAAAAAAGAUAUUGAGAAACUUUAUGAAGCUGUACCACAGCUCAGCAAUUUGUUUAAAAUUACGGACAAAAUUGGAGAAGGUACCUUCAGCUCUGUUUAUUUGGCCACUGCACAGUUACAAGUAGGACCUGAGGAGAAAAUUGCUCUAAAACACCUGAUUCCAACAAGCCACCCUGUAAGAAUUGCAGCUGAACUGCAGUGUCUAACAGUGGCUGGGGGGCAAGACAAUGUCAUGGGAGUGAAAUACUGCUUUAGGAAAAAUGACCAUGUGGUCAUUGCUAUGCCGUAUCUGGAACAUGAGUCCUUUCUGGACAUUUUGAACUCACUUUCUUUUCAAGAAGUACGAGAAUAUAUGUUUAAUCUUUUCAAAGCUUUGAAACGCAUUCAUCAUUUUGGUAUUGUCCAUCGUGAUGUUAAGCCCAGCAAUUUUUUAUAUAAUAGACGCCUGAAAAAGUACGCCUUGGUAGACUUUGGUUUGGCCCAAGGAACCCAUGAUACGAAAAUAGAGCUUCUCAAAUUUGUUCAGUCUAAAGCUCAGCAGGAAGGUGGCUUACAAAACAAGUCUCACAGAAUCACUGGAAGCAAGAGUUUGUUGAGUGGCUCGACACCUAGGGUUCUGGACCAGCAGUUUACCACAAAACCUUCUGUCAAAAGACCCUACACAAGCGCACAUAUUCAAGUUAAACAAGGAAAAGAUGGAAAGGUUCUACCUUAUGAGGGAUCUGUAGGCCUUUCUGCCCAGCGCUCUGUUUUUGGAGAAAGAAAUUUCAAUACACACAGCUCCAUUUCCCAUGAGAGCUCUGCAGUGAAACUAGUAAAGCAGUCAAAAACCGUGGAUGUAAUAUCAAGAAAGUUAGCAACAAAAAAGAAGACCAUUUCUACAAAAGUUCUGAAUAGUGGGGUGAUUAAGAGAACUGCCAGCUCUUGUCCGGCCAGUUUGACUUGUGACUGCUACGCAACAGAUAAAGUGUGCAGUAUUUGCCUUUUGAGGCGUCAGCAGGUUGCUCCCAGGGCAGGCACACCGGGAUUCAGAGCACCAGAAGUCUUGACAAAGUGCCCCAAUCAGACCACAGCAAUUGACAUGUGGUCUGCAGGUGUCAUCUUCCUUUCUCUGCUUAGUGGACGAUACCCAUUUUAUAAAGCCAGUGAUGACUUAACUGCUUUGGCUCAAAUUAUGACAAUUCGGGGAUCCAGGGAAACCAUCCAAGCUGCCAAAACUUUGGGCAAAUCAAUAUUAUGUAGCAAAGAGGUCCCGGCACAAGACUUGAGGAAGCUCUGUGAGCAACUCAGGGGUCUGGAGCCUCAAACUGACAAGUUACCCAGUGACACACAAGGACAUGCUUCUUGUGACCCUCCUUUGUCAGAGAACACUGACCAUAAUGCUUGCCUCCCUCAAAUGUCUCAAGCUCAGCUCACAGGGACUUCGCUGCAGACAGGGGACAGUAAUGGCCUCAGGGGCCAUUUUGAUGCACAUACUACCAACUCCAGAGGCUGGGACCAGGUACCUGAUGAAGCUUAUGACCUGCUCGAUAAACUUCUGGAUCUAAAUCCAGCUUCAAGAAUAACGGCGGAAGCAGCCUUGUUGCACCCCUUCUUCAAAGAGAUGUGCUCCUGAUAACA